GUCGGUGCGGGAGCCGGGCUCGGCCGGCGCCAUGCAGCGGGGCGCGCUGCUGGCCGGCGCCCUGGCCGCCUACGCCGCGUACCUAGUGCUUGGCGCGCUGCUGGUGGCGCGGCUGGAGGGGCCGCAAGAAGCGCGGCUCCGCGCCGAGCUGGGGACACUGCGGGAGCAGCUGCUGCGCCGCAGCCCCUGCGUGGCGGCGCCCGCCCUGGACGCCUUCGUGGAGCGAGUGCUGGCGGCCGGCCGGCUGGGGCGCACGGUGUUCACCAACGCUUCGGGGGUCAACGCCUCGGACCCCUCCUGGGACUUUGCCUCGGCCCUCUUCUUCGCCAGCACGCUGGUCACCACCGUGGGCUACGGGUACACGACGCCACUGACCGACGCGGGCAAAGCCUUCUCCAUCGCCUUCGCGCUGCUGGGCGUUCCCACCACCAUGCUGCUGCUGACCGCCUCGGCCCAGCGCCUGUCCCUGCUGCUCACUCACAAGCCCGUGUCGUGGCUGAGGACGCGCUGGGGCUGGGAGCCCCGGCGGGCGGCCCGCUGGCACUUGGUGGCCCUGCUGGGGGUCAUCCUAGCCGUCUGUUUCCUGUUGCCCGCGGCCAUCUUCGCCUACCUGGAGGAAGCCUGGAGCUUCCUGGACGCUUUCUACUUCUGCUUCAUCUCCUUGUCCACCAUCGGCCUGGGUGACUACGUGCCGGGGGAGGCCCCAGGCCAGCCCUACCGGGCCCUCUACAAGAUACUGGUCACAGUCUACCUCUUCCUGGGCCUGGUCUUCAUGGUGCUGGUACUACAGACCUUCCGCCGCGUGUCCGACCUGCACGGCCUCACCGAGCUCAUCCUGCUGCCCGCCCUGAGCCCCGCCACCCUCAGUGAGGACCAGGACGAUCAGGUGGACAUCCUGAACCACGCACCAGAGCCACAGCAGCAACUCUCUGCCGGUGCCCACGUCGACUAUGCCUCCAUCCCCAGGUAGUCCCUGGGAGGGCAGGCACCAGUUCGGAGGCUGGCUGGCUGGCUGGCUGGCUGGGCCCGACUCCGGGGCGACCAGGGAGAGUUCGUCUGGCCCAUGGCACACAGAUGCAUGCCAGCCCUGGCCGCAGCUGGCUGUCCUUGCUCGUCAGCUCAAGGGGUGGGCGCUCUGUCUUGGGGCAGCGACUUGACCUUGUUCUGCUCCCUGCUCAUUUCCCUCACACUCCGUGCCCCUGCCUCCACUCUUACUGUCUUCCUGCCUCGGUUUUCCAUUCUCACGGGUUCCGUCCGCCUCACCUGCGAGCCACAGCUGCCA